CUAGAAUACUCGACUCAGUUAAAAACCUUAGCUGGACCACGAUUUAUUUAUCUAGUGUCAACGCCUAAAAUUAAUUUGGGAAUUUGUGAAGAAAGUAAUGAUACGUUAAACAGGUCUAAGAGGUCUGCCCUUUUAGUUUUUCCGUUUGGAGGCACUUUUAAGAUAGUGUUAGGUAUUGGUAUGCCUAUUCCUUUGGGUAUAAAACAGUCUAUGGCCAUUGGUUGGAAUCUUCAAUGGCAAUAUCCAUGUGCAACGAAUAUUACACAAUUACAGUCAUAUCCACCCGUUGUUGGAAAAUCUCGAGAUAAACGUAAUAUUGAAAACGAAGACCGACCUAGUGAUCGAGCUUUAGCCUACAAGGGUUUCGAAGACAUAUUGGAAAGACACGGAAUAAACGGACAGGCUUGUCUUUUAAGAAGUAUUUGUGAAAACGCCAUUUUCAGCACAUCUCAUGAAAUAAACGGGUUAUACGGAAAACUAAUACAUAUAGCUUUAACACCAGACUAUGGUGAUGGUGUGGUUGAGCCUGAUCUAGAUCCGAUAUAUUUUGACGCCCAAAGGGCGGGAGAAUAUGGAGUGGAUUGUAAAUCUCUUUUUCCCAAUUGCAAUUUAAAAAAUGAGGGUGUUGGAUGGACAAAGGUGCAGCGGAGUAUUCCAAGUGGCUCGCAGAGCACCAUCGACACAAAGGAGUGGCACAGGCGUGUUCGCACUCGCCUACAGUUUUUUUACAGGAUUCUCGAAUGCGUACCAUUAUAUUUCCUUCUUGGGAAUAGAAAAUAUUUUAACAUUUUAGUUAGUUAA